CGCCAUUUGACCAUUAGUACUACUGUCACUUGAGCCCUUAAGUUAACCCUCAAGUUGUACUGAGUACCAAGUACGAAGUACUAACCCCAACAGUCUACAGUCUACAGUCUACAGUCUAAAUCACAAUUUGCCCCUCUCAUUCAUCGCCACUCUUUAGUGCUCUUUUCUACUCUCCGCCUGAAAACGACCAAAAUCCGUCGUUCAUCCGCGUUACUUAUUAUCGCCGCCCAUUGUCCAGCUUCCUAAUUCAACAAGAAAGUAAUAAUGAGCUCUACGGUCUUUGGUUCAUCUUAUGUAACUCAGUCUUCAUUUUUCAAGAACAAAGAAAAGGGAAGAAAUGCGAAACGAUUUUAUGUUCGAAGUUCCGUGACUUCAGUCCCAAAGAACUUACAAACUUCUGAUAAGAAGAAUUUGCAGAAAAGCAUUCGCAUUGGUGUUCUUGGUGCCAGUGGUUACACUGGCUCAGAGAUUGUUCGAUUGCUUGCCAAUCAUCCACACUUUGGUAUCACUGUGAUGACUGCUGAUAGAAAGGCUGGUCAAUCACUUGCUUCUGUAUUUCCACAUCUGGUCACCCAAGAUUUGCCAGAUUUGGUUGCUGUAAAUGAUGCAGACUUUUCAAAUGUUGAUGCUGUAUUUUGUUGUUUGCCCCAUGGAACAACUCAGGAUAUAAUUAAAGCACUUCCUCGUGGACUAAAAAUUGUUGAUCUCUCCGCCGACUUUCGACUGCGAGAUAUUGCCGAGUACGAGGAAUGGUAUAAUCAACCUCAUAGAGCACCAGAUCUUCAGAAAGAAGCUGUGUAUGGUUUAACAGAGAUAUUACGGCAAGAAAUUCAGAAUGCUCGUCUAGUAGCAAACCCUGGUUGUUAUCCAACAUCAAUUCAGCUCCCUCUUGUUCCCUUGUUAAAGGCAAAUCUUAUAAAGAGCAGUAACAUAAUUAUUGACUCAAAAUCUGGUGUGAGUGGGGCAGGACGUAGUGCAAAGGAGGCUAAUUUAUAUACAGAAGUAGCUGAAGGAAUUCAUGCAUAUGGUAUCACAAGACAUCGUCAUGUUCCUGAAAUUGAACAAGGGCUGUCAGAUGUAGCGGGUUCAAAAGUAACUGUCAGCUUCACUCCUCACUUGAUGCCAAUGAGUCGGGGUAUGCAAUCAACAAUAUAUGUUGAGAUGGCUUCAGGAGUGACUGUUGAUGAUUUGUAUGAUCAAUUGAAGUUGUUCUGUGAGACGGAAGAAUUUGUUUAUUUGUUGGAGAAAGGCGUUGUUCCGCACACCAGAAAUGUCCGUGGGUCAAACUACUGCUUUAUGAACGUCUUUCCUGAUAGAAUUUCCGGGAGAGCAAUCAUAAUAUCAGUUAUUGAUAAUCUUGUGAAGGGAGCAUCAGGUCAAGCUGUUCAAAAUCUUAACUUAAUGUUGGGAUACCCUGAAAAUACAGGACUACUCUAUCAGCCUCUCUUUCCUUAGGGUACACUGUCAACCGGCCGUGGACUGUCAUCGUUUAUUUUGCUACUGGCCAAUUUAGUCGGUUCAGGUGAUAGUCUUCAUACUCUUCACCACCCUAAAAUCCCCCCACCCAAUAAGUUAUAUUCGUUCCUGUUAAAUGUAGCUUUAGAUUUUGCGGGUGAAGUCCAAGGCGAGGUUGUUUUUCAUAUCUUUUUGGUUGUGUAAUUGGACCAUGCGCAAAGAACUGUGUUAUGCUGCGUGGAACCGCUGGUUGUGUAGGAGAAAUAAACAAUAAAUCCCGAUGGAUGAAGGAAUAUCCUCCCAAAUCCGAUGGUUGAGUAUGAAAUCCCUCGUUUAUCCGGGCCACGUAGUUGGGUUCUCGAUGAUAGGACUUCGUAGCUGUAACUAGUUAAUGACAUCAUAAAGCGGUACUUGGGAGUAAAA